AAGGUGCUAAUCUUCUGUCAAAAGAAGAUUGUAAAAAGAUUAUCAAUUGAAAAGUUUAUUAUAAAAGUAUUAUUAUAAACGAGGAGAUUUAUAGUCGAUAGUAAAUUAUUCUAAUAAUUUCGAAUAAACUUAACACGUAUAGAAGACCCAAUCAACGUAUUGCCCUUCUUACGCUAUCGCAUCAACAUUGUCCUUUAGUUCCCUGACUUCCACGUACUAUGUGUCUAAAAUAUGUGUGCAUAUGUACAUAUGAAUAUAGUUCGAAAUAAGUAUUUAACGAUUUUUAGGUUCUUUGUUACUUAUUAAAGGAUGGAAACAGUGCGAUCUUGUGGUUGCAAGGGAAUAAGAUCUUGUCUUCUCUGCGAAACUGAACAUAAGAUUGUGAAACCCAAUCUUAAGACACAUUUUGAGGUUAUGUCCCAAAAGUUUGUCUUUUUUACAAAUAAGUUUUGUAUUAUGUUAUAUACUUGGACAAUUAAUUUAUUUGGUUAUGUAUAUUGUCCAAAUUGUGACAAAUCGUGGCCUGGUUGGGAUGCUGAUCUUUACAAAAAUCAUCCGUAUCAUCGAGGAACUGCCAUAGAAUUUCCUGGUGUAUAUAUAAAGCUAGAUUUUCUAAAUCCUUGGGAAGUUAAUUCAUUGAAGAACGCGCUUGAAAAAAUACCUUGGGAAGUUUCUCAGAGUGGAAGAAGGAAACAGAAUUUUGGUCCAAAAUGCAACUUCAAGAAAAGAAAGCUUCGGUUGGGUUCCUUUGAUGGUUUUCCAAAGUCUACUCAAUUUGUGCAACAAAAAUUUUGCCAAGUACCCUUGCUUAAUAAUUUCCAAACGAUAGAACAAUGUACUUUAGAGUAUGAUCCACUACGAGGAGCUUCGAUAGAUCCACAUAUCGAUGACUGCUGGAUUUGGGGUGAAAGAAUAGUUACUGUGAAUGUCAUGGGUAACUCAGUUUUAACAAUGAGUCCUUACCAUGGUCCAGAUACGAAAUAUAAUUUAGAAAGCGUUGCAGAGUAUUCCACUAUACUCGAAGGCUUCGAAUUUGAUACAAAUGAUAAAAAUGAAAGUAAUAAAGAUAUCGUUGUAAGGCUCCCAAUGCCAGAGGGAUCGCUUAUGAUUCUUUAUGAUAGUGCAAGGUACAAAUGGGAACAUUGUGUUUUAAGAGAAGAUAUAACUUCUAAGCGAAUUUGUUUGGCUUAUCGCGAAUUAACUCCUCCAUAUUUAUGCACCUCAACAAAUAAUGAAAUAGUCAAAGAACUCUUAAAGAGAGCUUCGGUCUUUCAAUGAAGUGUGACUAAGCUUUGAAAAUAAUUUAUUCCAACAAACUACAGUUUUAUAGAAACGUAAUAAUAAAUGAAAUUAGAUAUCUAUUAUUAGAUAUUUAAUUUUUAAAAGAAACUGACGAGAAGAAAUAUCAAAAUUUAGAGCAAUAUAUAAAAAUCGAUCUUAAUUAACAAGAAUUGAAGAAGGGAAUAUAAAAAAUAAUUUUCUUUAGAAAAUAAAGAUAUUGACUUUUAGAACUUCAAGAAAUUGAAAGAUACUAUUUUAAUAUAAAUAAAAUUAUUUCAUAUUAAGAAUGCAUAACAAAAGUAGAGAAUUCUAUGAAUUCUUUAAAGGUUCAGAGGACAUGUAAACAACAGGAAAAGUGGUAAAGGGAUCUGAUUUUCCCAAUGGUUGGUAACCAUUAACUAAACUCUCUCUUAAUUCCCAUCGACGUCUCUCCCUUUCUGUUUUUUGUCUCCUAAUCGCUCGGCCUAGCAUACAGGCGAACAUUAUUCCAGUUAACUAAAAAUAAAUUAGAAUGUAUGAAAUGCUUGAUUAAAACCGAAGAAUUACAUUUUUAUUGAUAUGCCAACUAAUUUAAAUUUAUUUUAGAUUUGUUACAAUAUCAAACAGUAAUAAAGUAUAUCUUAAAUUAUAUGUCAAAUUAGGAAUAAACAUAAUAAAUACUAACCUGAAUAAGAGCAAUGGCUACAGCUCCAGUACCAAUAUAAAGAGCACUCCUGUGAAUGAUAAUUGAAAGACGUUCGAUACAUCCAGUUACAUAAAUAGCUUUAUUAAUAUCUGUGGAAGGACAAGAUAAAGGAAUAGUCAUUCCUUGUUCUUCCCAAUCUUCGUAUCCAUUGUAUCCGCAACAAUAGAGCUGUUGAAUAAUAUAUUCUAUUAUGUAAACAACAUUUGUUAAAUGUUUAACAAAUCAGUAAUUUUGACAGAUGAUAAUUAUGUAAUGUAGAAAAAGAACAGUAUUAGAAAUAUCUUUGAAAUAUUCUGUUUUAAUUUUACAAAAUACGUGACGAGAUUGAUUUAGUCUCUGCUCGUGCAAAUAAUUAGAAAUAUCUAUAUAUAUAUAUAUAUAUAUAUAUAAAUUAGUUGUCUUUAUAUAUGUUAUAUGUAUCCUAGAAAUAGAAAUAUUACUUUUGAUUGUAGAAAAUCAAUGGCACUCCUAGCUUCGCCACUGUUUUCAUAUUGAUGCAUGGUCGCAUUAAUUUUGUCAGCAAGAAGAUCUUUUAUUCCAUCUUGAAGGGUAUAAGCUGCAAUCCCAGCGAUCAAUUCCAAGACAAGAACUAAUGAAAGCGAUACUGCGAACUAUCCAAUUAUAGUAAUAUAUUUUUAUUAUUUGUUACAUAUUAAAUGAGAAAUAAACAAAUUAGUAUUAGAUAAAUAAAUUUAAUAACGCAUAAAAUUGUUCGAGCAAAGUCGAAAUAUAUAAAACAGAAAGAGAGAGAUAACAUAAAAUUUGUCAAAUUUUAAUACACAAUACCUUCACAUAAUACAGAAAAAAAAAAUAUUAGGAUGCUCACCACUAGAACCAUGCAGGUGCUCUCUCUAAGAGCUCCGCAACAACCCAGGAAAGCUAUUAUAAAAACAAAUAUCCCAACAACGAUUAAGAGGGUUGCUGGAGAAAAAUAG